AUGGAGAAGGGAUACAGCACGGUCACCUUCGACGGGACGCCCAGCUACGGUCACACGCCCUCGCACCACGCGGCUCAGUUCCCCAAUCACUCCUUCAAGCACGAGGACCCCAUGGGCCAGCAGGGCUCGCUGGGUGAACAGCAGUACUCCGUGCCGCCCCCAGUCUACGGCUGCCACACGCCCACCGACAGCUGCACAGGCAGCCAGGCCCUGCUGCUGAGGACGCCCUACAGCAGUGACAAUUUAUACCAAAUGACCUCCCAACUUGAAUGCAUGACCUGGAAUCAGAUGAACUUAGGAGCCACAUUAAAGGGAGUUGCUGCUGGGAGCUCCAGCUCAGUGAAAUGGACAGAAGGGCAGAGCAACCACGGCACGGGGUACGAUAGUGAUAACCACACCACUCCCAUCCUCUGUGGUGCCCAGUACAGGAUACACACCCACGGCGUCUUCAGGGGCAUUCAGGACGUGCGGCGAGUGCCCGGAGUAGCCCCGACUCUUGUUCGGUCGGCAUCUGAGACCAGUGAGAAACGCCCCUUCAUGUGUGCUUACCCGGGCUGCAAUAAGAGAUAUUUUAAGCUGUCUCACUUACAGAUGCACAGCCGGAAGCACACUGGUGAGAAGCCAUACCAGUGUGACUUCAAGGACUGUGAGCGAAGGUUUUCUCGUUCAGACCAGCUCAAAAGACACCAAAGGAGACACACAGGUGUGAAACCAUUCCAGUGUAAAACUUGUCAGCGAAAGUUCUCCCGGUCUGACCAUCUGAAGACCCACACCAGGACUCAUACAGGUGAAAAGCCCUUCAGCUGUCGGUGGCCCAGUUGUCAGAAAAAGUUUGCCCGGUCAGACGAAUUAGUCCGCCAUCACAACAUGCACCAGAGAAACAUGAGCAAACUCCAGCUGGCGCUUUGA